AGUUCAGGGGUGGCUUGUCAAAUCUUCAGACGGCCCAAAGCUUAGAGGGUCUCCUGUAAUUAUUUUUCAAGUUCAAAUGGGACACAAAUUACAGGAAGAUCAGGGAGUUUUCAUGAAAUUUAGCAAGAAAACAGAGACAAAAGAGUCAACCGCAGCAGCUACUACCAUCUUUUGCUCAGAAGAAGCGAGAGGGAAAACAAGAAAAACAAGAAAAAGAAACAGAAAAUCCCAAUUCCAUCAUAUUAGAAAUGGAAAAUUUGGCACAGAGGCGUCUGCAAUCGAUCGCUCGCCACUUCAUCUCUCAAGAACUCGUCAUUCACGAUCUCAGCCCAAACCCUGCAAGUGCCGCAGUUUCACCGUCGCCGGUGAUCAUAGGUGGCAUGGUGUUGGAUGUCCACGCGAAGCCUCACAAGGGUAAAGAUGCAAUCCCUGGAACUACAGCCCCCGGAAUGGUUAAGUUAAUACAUGGAGGAGUAGCACGAAAUGUAGCUGAAUGCAUGUCAAAGCUGGAAACCAAACCUUUCAUUGUUAGUGUUGUUGGAAUGGACCCUGCAGGAGAGAUAUUGUCGAAACACUGGGAGUCAGCCGGACUUUCUACCGAAGGAAUUCUAAAGACUCGCAGUGCUGCAACUCCUGCUGUAUCAAACACAUUUGACUAUCGAGGGGAGCUUGCUGUGGGUGUAGCAAGUGUUGCAGCAGUUGAAAGGUUUGUGACUCCGGAGAUCAUACAACAGUUUAGACACACAAUAUGUUCUGCGCCAGUGUUAAUGGUUGAUGCAAAUUUGCAUCCUAGAUCACUUGAAGCUGCUUCAAAGGUAGCAGCAGAAGCUGACAUACCAGUGUGGUUCGAGCCUGUCUCAGUUGCAAAGGCUACAAGAAUUGCAUCGGUUGCCAAAUAUAUAACAAUUGCUUCUCCGAAUGAAGAUGAGCUUAUUGCUAUGGCAAAUGCUUUAUCUUCUGAAGAAGAAUUUCGAGCUAUGAAACAGAAGCUCACGAGAAUGAAAGAGGAGUCAAUAGAUUCAUCUUUCCAUAUUCUAAAACCGGCUAUAAGUCUUUUGUUAGAGAAGGGAAUUAAAGUGCUAGUUGUGACUCUUGGUGCCAAUGGCAUAUUCGUAUGUUUCAGAGGGGGAGCCACUUUUGUUAAGCACCCCUUAAAGAAUUGCAGAACUCCAGAUUCUAAAAUGCAUCUUUAUAAUCUUAUGCAUAAAAGCCUUCCUCCUAAGUGGUACACUAGUUUUCUGAAUUCUGGUUCGAGUGGUUCUCGUUCAUAUGCCUUUCAUCUUCCAGCAUUUCCUGCAACGGUGGUGAGCCUUACUGGAGCUGGUGAUUGCUUAGUUGGUGGAAUACUUGCAUCAAUUUGUAAUGGUUUGGAUAUGAUGAAAAGUGUGGCCAUUGGUAUUGCUGUUGCAAAAGCUACAGUUCAGUAG